AUGUCAAUAGAAGUUAAAGAUAGAGUGCCUGUAGUUCAGGAAGAAACUUUGGCUUUGACCAUCAGUAAGACGAGGCAGUCGGGAACCAGUGGUGAAGGUGGACAAAUAGCAUUUUGGGACUUUCUGAAAUCAGAGUUCUGUGAAGAGAAUCUGGAGUUCUGGCUCGCCUGUCAGGAGUUCGAAACUUCUGACAGUCCGGAGGAGCUAACACGGAGAGCAGCAAGUAUUUAUAAUGAGUUCAUCGGUGCUGAGUCCCCCAAACAGGUCAACUUAGAUUACUACACAAGAGAGAUCGUCGGACAGAGUCUUCAGCAACCAUGUCCAUCGUGUUUUGUUGUGGCACAGAAGAAAAUCUUCAACCUAAUGGAGAAUGGCUCCUUCCCACGCUUCACUCAAUCUGAGCUAUACAAAGUCCUGCUUGCUGCACAGAAAGGCCUUGAAGAUAAGGAGCACUGGAGAUCUAAUGCGGCAUGA